UGCCCCCUUUUUCACUUUCCCUCUUCUCCUUCCUCAGAAAAUUCAUUUUUUUUCAUAUCCCGAUCGCUCUGCUUCUUCUUCUUCUCAAGUUCGACAAACGAUUUCUGGGUAAUUUAAGAGAAGAUGGGUCAGAUCCAGUACUCAGACAAAUACUUCGAUGAUACUUUUGAAUACAGGCACGUCGUUCUUCCUCCGGAAGUGGCUAAGCUUUUGCCUAAGAAUCGAAUUCUCUCGGAAAGUGAAUGGAGAGCGAUAGGAGUGCAGCAAAGCCGAGGAUGGGUUCAUUACGCGAUUCAUCGCCCUGAGCCACACAUCAUGCUCUUCAGGAGGCCUCUUAACUAUCAGCAGGAGCAAAACGUGAUUGCUAAGUAGAAUUAUGAAUGCAAAAUCCUCUCCUCCCUAAAAUCGGUUUAUGUCUCUCAUAAACAAGGUUUUAAAAAACACUUCUCUGAUACAUUCUCCUUAGUGUUUUUUUUUCUUUAUUGUGUUUAUUAAUUCUCUGCAGUGGAGAUUAUGUUAUGUGAGUUGGUGGUAGAACAACUCUUUAUGUUAUGUAAAAGUCUGGUUCUUUGCUAGACUUUUUGUUUGGAUCCACGUUUGAACUUAUGCAUUGUUAAGCCGUUUAAUUCUCCUGCUUC